CGGUCGCGCGCUGUUUGUGUGAUGAUGAGGGGCCGGUGGGAGCUCGCGUGCUGCUGUUUGUGAGUGUCGGCGCGAGGACGAGUCGAACGUCGGGGAUAGCGCGCGGGAGAAGAAUUAACGAACGGUUUUCUUAGUUUUCACAGAUUCCUAACGUCAGCACCUUUAGUCAUGUUUGUUAUUCCAAGCGCGGCACUUGUUUCGAAAGACGCUCAACAGUAGAGGAAUAGAAGGCUACGGAGGAAUCCUAAACAGAAGAGACGCAAUCCUGCUUCUCCUUCCGUGAGCGAUCCAGGGCUCCUGGCCUGGCCCGACAGCAGACACGCUUAUUUAAAGUGUGGCGGGGAGCCGGCCUUGAAUGUGGAGGCAGAGCUGAAGCAACAGCAGCAGAGCCUGGUGGUGGCGAGCGUACCUCAGCCCCACCCGUCCGCGUCCUCCUCAGCCUCUCACCCUCGGGGUACUCCGUCCUCCACAGCCUGAACAGACCCCUUCCCCCCACGCCAGCACCAUGUCUCUCCUCUCCUCCCCGUGUCUCUCCCUCCCUCCCCUCCUCCUCCUCCUCCUCCUCUCCGCGUCCUCUCACGGCGAGUCCCAGCGCGGGGGGGCCGACUCCGACACCGAGGGCCUCUGGGAGCGGGCCGGCAGCAGCAGCGCCUCCCCCUCCGCCUCCCCCUCGCCCUCCUCCUACCCCCCCAGCGGUUCCCCGCCCCCCCUGCUGUUCUCCUACGGGAACGCCAGCGAGGCCGUGCUGACGGCGGCCGAGCGCCGGCUGGCCAAGUGCAACGAGCCCACGGUGUGCCGGCCCGGGAUCCUCCUCCCCGUCUGGGAGCCCAGCCGGCCGGGCCUCGGGGACAAGGUGGCGCGGGCCCUGGUGUACUUCGUCUCGCUCAUGUACAUGUUCAUCGGCGUGUCCAUCAUCGCCGACCGCUUCAUGGCCGCCAUCGAGGUCAUCACGUCGCAGGAGAAGGAGGUGACCCUCACCAUGCCCAACGGGGAGACGACGGUGGCGACGGUGCGGAUCUGGAACGAGACGGUGUCCAACCUGACGCUGAUGGCCCUGGGCUCCAGCGCCCCCGAGAUCCUGCUGUCCGUCAUAGAGGUGUGCGGCCAUGAGUUCCACGCGGGGGAGCUGGGCCCGGGCACCAUCGUGGGCAGCGCCGCCUUCAACAUGUUUGCGAUCCUGGCCAUCUGCGUGUGGGUGAUCCCCGAGGGCCAGACCCGCAAGAUCAAGCACCUGCGCGUCUUCUUCAUCACCGCCUUCUGGAGCAUCUUCGCCUACAUCUGGCUCUUCCUCAUCCUGUCCGUCAUCUCCCCCGGCGUGGUCGAGGUGUGGGAGGCCCUGGUCACCCUGCUCUACUUCCCCGUGUGCGUUCUGCUGGCGUGGAUCGCUGACCGCCGCCUGCUCUUCUACAAGUACAUGGGCAAGCGUUACCGCGCCGACAAGCGCCAUGGCAUCGUCGUGGAAACGGAAGGCGACCUCACGCCCACCAAGGGCGGCAUGGAGCUGAGCCUGGACGGGAAGUUCCCGCCACGCGGGGGUGUGGUGGUUCCUGCGGGCAACGGGGCGGCGUAUGACGGCGCUGCGGCCGGAGCAGGGGGCGCCAUGGCGACCGCGUCCGGCGGCAACAUCCCAAUCUCCAACAGCACCUUGGUGAUCAUGGAGAACGCCAAGGAGCUGGACGACAGUCGCAGGGAGGUCAUCCGGAUCCUGAAGGAGCUGAAGCAGAAGUACCCGGACAAGGAGCUGGACCAGCUGGUGGAGCUGGCCAACUACUACGCCCUGCUGCACCAGCAGAAGAGCAGGGCCUUCUACCGCAUUCAGGCCACGCGCAUGAUGAUUGGCGCGGGCAACGUGCUGAAGAGGCACGCGGCGGACCAGUCCCGGCGGGCGGUGGUGGUGGACGAGGAGCUGGUGGUGGACGAUGACCUGGAGCUGUGCAGCCGGCUGGCCUUCGAGAGCGCCCACAGCCAGUGCAUGGAGAACUGCGGGGUGCUGACCCUCGCCGUGGUGUGCCAAGGCGGCCUGGGGGAGAGCACCUUCUACGUGGACUACAGGACCGAGGACGGCUCCGCCAACGCCGGGUCGGACUACGAGUACAGCGAGGGAACCCUCGCCUUCAAACCGGGCGAGACCCGCAAGGAGAUCAAGGUGGGCAUCAUCGACGACGACAUCUUCGAGGAGGACGAGCACUUCUUCGUGCGGCUGCUCAACCUGCGCGUGGGCGACGCCCAGGGCAUGUUCGAGAGCGACGAGGCCGGCGCCGCGCCCAAGGGCCGGCUGGUGGAGCCGCUGGUCGCCACGGUGACCAUCCUGGACGACGACCACGCCGGCAUCUUCACCUUCGGCGACCGCAUGGUGCGCGUCAGCGAGAGCGUGGGCACCAUGGAGGUGACGGUGGUGCGCAACUCGGGCGCCCGCGGCACCGUCGUCCUGCCCUACCACACGGAGGCCGGCACGGCCAAGGGCGGCGAGGACUACGAGGACGCCCGCGGCGAGCUGGAGUUCAACAACGACCAGACCACUCAGACCAUCCUGUUGAGGAUCAUUGAUGAUGAGGAGUAUGAGAAACACGAGAACUUCUUCAUCGUCCUGGAGGAGCCACGCUGGCUCAAGAGAGGAAUCUCAGCUCUGCUGCUCAACCAAGAUGACGACGGCCAGAUGAGUGCGGAGGAGGAGGAGGCCCGCAGGAUAGCUGAGAUGGGGAAGCCCAUCCUGGGGGAGCACAGCCGCCUGGAGGUGGUCAUCGAGGAGUCCUACGAGUUCAAGAGCACUGUGGACAAGCUCAUUAAGAAGACCAACCUGGCGCUCGUGAUCGGCACACACUCCUGGAGAGAGCAGUUCGUGGAGGCGGUUACCGUGAGCGCCGGCGACGAGGACGAUGACGAGGAGCACCUGCCCUCCUGCCUGGACUACGUCAUGCACUUCAUCACCGUGUUCUGGAAGGUGCUGUUCGCCUGCGUGCCGCCCACCGAGUACUGGAACGGCUGGGCGUGCUUCUGCGUGUCCAUCUCCGUCAUCGGCCUGCUGACCGCCGUCAUUGGGGACCUGGCGUCCCACUUCGGCUGCACCGUGGGCCUCCGCGACUCGGUCACCGCCGUGGUGUUCGUGGCCCUGGGAACCUCCAUCCCGGACACCUUCGCCAGCAAGGUGGCCGCCACGCAGGACCAGCACGCCGACGCGUCCGUGGGCAACGUGACGGGCAGCAACGCGGUCAACGUGUUCCUGGGCAUCGGCGUGGCGUGGUCGGUGGCCGCCAUCUACUGGGCCUCCAAGGGCAUGGAGUUCCGCGUGGACCCGGGCUCCCUGGCCUUCUCGGUCACGCUCUUCACCAUCUUCGCCUUCUUCACCAUGGGCGUGCUGCUGUUCCGGCGCCGGCCCUCCAUCGGCGGGGAGCUGGGCGGGCCCCGCAGCUCGCGCAUCGCCACCAGCCUGCUUUUCAUCGGCCUCUGGUUCCUCUACAUCUUCUUCUCCAGCCUGGAGGCCUACUGCCACAUCAAGGGCUUCUGAGGGGAGGGAGUGAGGGGUGGAGAGGAGUGGAGAGAGAGGGGGAGAGAGA